AAGACGUUGUCAAAAAAAAGAAAAGAGAGAUGAUUUUAAUGAAAAAGAUUCAGGUUUUUACAGUGAUGUUACUUAUAGUUAUGGUCCAGUCAGGUCUGGUGAGAGAGACGCUGGGACACCCAUGUGGUCGUACAUUUUUGUCGGCUUUGAUUCAGCUAGUGCCGUGUAGACCAUCAGUGGCUCCGUUUAGCACAUUGCCUCCGAACAAGCUAUGUUGCGCUGCUAUCAAGAUACUUGGUCAACCUUGUCUAUGCGUUCUUGCCAAGGGACCACCCAUCGUUGGCGUUGACCGGACCCUCGCUCUCCAUUUACCUGGAAAAUGUUCUGCCAAUUUUCCUCCAUGUAAUUAA